UGCAGCCGGAGGGGACGGGCCAAGAUGGCGGCAGGCGAGGAGGAAGGGUCGGCGCCGGAGCCGGAGCAGGAACAGGAACGGGAGGCGGCGGCGGAGGAGCCGCGGAGCUUCAAGGACUUGGGAGUGACAGAUGUCCUGUGUGAAGCUUGUGACCAGCUGGGAUGGAAGGUGCCAACGAAGAUCCAGGUUGAGGCUAUUCCAGUGGCUCUCCAAGGCAGAGAUGUCAUUGGACUGGCAGAAACUGGCUCUGGAAAAACAGGAGCCUUUGCUUUGCCAAUUCUCCAAGCACUGCUGGAAACACCUCAGCGAUUAUUUGCUCUUGUGCUCACACCAACAAGGGAGCUGGCCUUCCAGAUCUCUGAGCAGUUUGAAGCUCUUGGAUCCUCCAUUGGUGUUCAAAGCACGGUUAUUGUGGGUGGAAUUGACAGCAUGUCUCAGUCUCUGGCCUUAGCCAAGAAACCACACGUUAUAAUUGCAACCCCUGGCCGUCUGGUUGAUCAUCUGGAGAACACAAAGGGCUUCAACUUACGGGCUCUGAAGUUCCUGGUGAUGGAUGAGGCUGACCGGAUUCUUAACAUGGAUUUCGAGACAGAGGUGGAUAAGAUAUUAAAAGUGAUUCCUCGAGACAGGAAGACAUUCCUGUUUUCUGCCACCAUGACCAAGAAGGUUCAAAAACUCCAGCGUGCUGCUCUGAAGAAUCCCGUGAAAUGUGCUGUUUCUUCCAAGUAUCAGACAGUUGAAAAGCUACAGCAGUACUACAUUUUCAUCCCCUCCAAAUUCAAGGACAGCUACCUGGUUUAUAUCUUGAAUGAACUGGCUGGUAACUCUUUCAUGAUAUUCUGUAGUACAUGUAACAAUACUCAGAGGACUGCUCUGCUGCUCCGCAACCUGGGGUUCACUGCCAUUCCCCUCCACGGGCAGAUGAGCCAGAAUAAACGUUUGGGCUCUCUAAACAAGUUCAAGGCAAAGGCACGUUCUAUUCUGCUGGCUACUGAUGUUGCAAGCAGAGGUCUGGACAUCCCACAUGUGGAUGUGGUGAUAAACUUUGAUAUUCCUACUCACUCUAAGGAUUACAUUCAUCGUGUUGGGAGAACAGCUCGAGCUGGGAGAUCUGGCAAAUCUAUCACCUUUGUCACACAGUAUGAUGUAGAGCUGUUCCAGCGCAUCGAACACCUGAUUGGCAAGAAGCUGCCAGCAUUCCCCAUGCAAGAGGAAGAAGUCAUGAUGCUGACAGAGCGUGUGGCUGAGGCCCAGAGGAUUGCUCGAAUGGAGCUGCGGGAGCAGGGGGAGAAGAAGCGAUCGCGGAACGAUGAUGAUGACACAGAAGAGGCUAUUGGUGUCAGGAAUAAGGUGGCAGGAGGGAAAAAGAAGAAAAGGAAAGCCUUCUAGUUUGGUAUUUGAACAGACGUUUUUAUUUUUCGCUUUUUAUGGCUGUCUGAGCUAUCAAAAACAGUCUACCAAGCCAUCUCCAGUGGAUUUUUUUCAGAACUACAUGUGAAAUUUGGCAGUCCCUGAGGAAAAAAAAGCCUGCUUUUCUUCGCCAGCUACAGAUGGAGCUUGGCCCAUGUUGGUACCAUGGUAGCAGUUUUCCUUUCAGGGACACCGUCAGAGACCAUCACCUCUGGCCUGGAAGCAGCUGUGGUCUGGCCCUGCUCAUUUUACUAUGAAGUGCAGCAUGAGUGCAGGUUUUGCACUGCUGCAGCCUGUCCCACUAUCCAAUCUCACUGAGUGCAUCUGGAGUCAGAUCUGUCAGAAGAAAGAGGAAAAAGUUUAAAAGAAGUGACAGUUUUCACAGCACAGCUGUGAUGCCCUUGCCUUGGUGAAGGGAUGUGUUACAUUGAGAACUCAAAAUAUAUUUUGCUUAAUUUUAAA